CCCUUACAGCGCGACUUCCGGUUCCGCUGGUUCCGGUUGCAGCGGCCAUGGCGGCGGCGGCGGCGGCCUGCUGGCGGCUACUGGGCUCGGCGCGGCUGCGCGCGACAGGAUCUAUGUUAUGGUCUGCAGUUCGAAGCCACAGUUCCCAGAGUAGUUCACAACAGCAAGGACUUGUUGCCAAAACGUCAUUGUCUUCGCCUCCAUGGCCUGUGUUCAGACUGCCAGAUCCAGUAGAAGAGACAAAGUACCAUACAGAGGUCGUACAAAGGGUGAACGAAAUGAUUGCCACUGGACAGUAUGGAAGGCUCUUUGCUGUGGUUCAUUUGGCCAGCAAGCAGUGGAAGGUCACCAGCGAAGACUUGAUUCUAAUGGAAAACGUUCUCCCGGCUGAAUGUGGAGACAGAAUCCGACUUGAAAAGGUCUUGCUGGUUGGUGCUGAUGACUUCACGCUAAUUGGAAGGCCACUUCUGGGGAAAGAUCUUGUCCGCGUAGAAGCCACAGUUAUUGAGAAGACAGAAUCUUGGCCAAAAAUUAACAUGAAGUUUUGGAAGAGGCACAAUUAUCGGAAGAAAAAAAUUAUCAUGCAGCCACAGACGGUUCUCCGGAUAAACUCCAUAGAAAUUUUCCCUUGUUUGUCAUGAUCAGCUGUUGGUCUAAUUGUGGCUAGGUUUAUUUUUACUGCUUUAGGCAGCUAUGGAAGUAAAACUUCUUGUGAUUGGAAAGUCCUGAGCUUAUCCUAUUAUAGUCUGUAAUGGAAACCUAUUUGUACUUUUCUUUAAAACAAAUUAAAUCUUUUUUGUUAAAGUA